AUGCCUCCAUUCGAAAACCAAGACUUUGACUCUCUUCUGCUGAAGCCCUUCGAGUUAAAUGGUGGAAUUCGUUUUGAGACCUACGCUGGAGGUGGGAGGUCUGGCCAUUGUUUUAAGGUUCGUAUUAGGAAGAAAGACUACGCUUUGAAGAUGUUCAAAUUCGACAAUCCUGAGUUAAAUGUAUGCCGGUUGAGAGGAACAGAACGCAGAGCCUUCCACGACCCUUUCUACAUCGAAUGCCCUGCGUAUGGCACCCUUAUUGAACAAGGGUUUAACGGUCACAUUACCACCUUCUGUUACGGCUGGAUCGAUGUACCAUGCUCCGUGGAGCUACACGUGCCUUCGCAAUUUGGGAUUCAACCAGUGCUAUGGGAUAAACCGGCAGAUGUUGACCACCAGCAGGUACGAGGUAUACUAUUGGAGUGGGUUGACGGCCGGCCACCUACGCAAAUUGUGAUGACCUCAAACAUUGCAAACCAAGCUCGCAAGUUGUUGAAGGCUUUACAUGGCGUCGGGAUUCUUCACGGCGGCGUCGCAGCGUCUAAUCUCCUCGUCGAAGAAUCAAAUUAG